GCAUCUGUUAUCACCUCUACUCCUCUCCAAGCUGUCCUAAACUCGAUCCUAAUCCAAUUUAUUCUGUAUAAAUAUUUCUGGCCUCUCGAUCAUAUUCAUUUUUCCUUUCUUUCUAACUUCUAAGGUUGAUGCAAACAAUGGACAGAAGUCGUCGGAAACGACCCAGAAUCACUACUUCUGAUCAGUCUGAAGAGGUUGUUAGCAUUGAGUGGGAAUUCAUUCAUAUGAGUGCGCAAGAAGAAGAUCUCAUCCAUAGAAUGUAUAGACUCGUUGGAGAAAGGUGGGAUUUGAUAGCUGGUCGGAUUCCGGGUCGAACAGCAGUAGAAUUGGAGAGGUUUUGGAUAAUGAGACAUGGUGACAUGUUUGCUGAGAAACGAAACAAGCGUAAGAAAAAAAGACAACUCAAAAACCGGUCUGCGUCGAACUUCCAAUAGAUUUGGAUAGUUGGCUUCCCUUCCUAUGUUUUCCGAGGUUCUGUUCUUGUGCAGUGAAUGAUGUAUGUGCUGUUCUUAGCAUCCAAUUUCGUAAACAGCUUGUAGAAUUAAAAGGCAAAGGUAGUGUUCGAUCAUGACGAUGUCACUGAUGUACCUAGCCGAACCUCGCAACUCUCAUUAGUCUCAUA